UUGCGCUGUGACGUUUCCCUGUGACGUUGCCGAGAACCUCCAGCAGCUUGUCCGACGUGCCAGUGACUACAGAAGGCCCAGUGUGUGUUGUUAGACGAUGCUAGUAGGAGUUGCGCAUAAACACCCAGCCUUUUAUCAGUAUUAAUCACUUGCGCGUCAGGAUGAUUAUAGAUAAUGUUGACGCUCUGAAAUCCUGGCUGGCUAAACUUCUUGAACCCAUAUGUGAUGCUGACCCAUCUGCACUGGCGAACUAUGUUGUGGCAUUAGUAAAGAAGGAUAAACCAGAGAAAGAACUCAGAGCAUUGUGUGCGGAUCAGUUGGACGUGUUUCUUCAGAAAGAGACUACAGGGUUUGUUGAUAAACUCUUUGAAUGUCUAACCACCAAAAAUUAUUUGGGAAAUCCAGCUGCUAAAGAAGAAAGUAAAAUCCCAGUGCAGAAGCUUGAGGAGAAGGAAGAGACUGUUCAUGUUGAAGAUGAUCGGGAUAACAGAAGAAGAAGAAGCCCAUUAAGGAAUCGUUCAGACUUCAAUGAAACAAGGGCAAGAGAUGACAGGGCAAGAGAUGGCAGGAGAGACGACCGUAAGCGACGGGAACUGGACCGUCACGGAAAGAGCGGAGAGUCAUACCGAGAGCGGCAUGAGCGACGAGGAGGAAGCUCACGGGGGAGAAGCUACAGUCGCAGCAGGAGUCGUAGCCGCAGCAGCAGCCGUGGAAAGAGCCGAGAAAGAGAGCACAAUCCGAGGAGAGCCGAGCACAGAUCCAAAUUUGAGCAGGAGCGGAAGGAUGCAGAGCCUUACAACCCAUCCUCUGCCCACAUGGGUAACCCACACCACCAGCAGACCCAUCCACCCCCCCUGCUACCUCUGCCCCUUCCUCAGCACCAGUUCCCCUCCUCAGGGAGCCCCUCCGUCCCCAAUGCCGUAACCGUGGUAGCACCGGCUCACCUGCCCGACAGCACUACAGAGAGCUGGUCCACAUACUUCACCAACCACAAAGACGGCAAGACGUUCAACAAGAGCAGCACGCUCAAACACCGCUGCAGAGACUACGACGAGAAAGGAUUUUGUAUACGAGGUGAUCUCUGUCCUUUUGACCACGGUAAUGACCCUCUGAUUGUGGAUGACGUCACACUUCCUACCAUGAUCCCGUUUCCACCACCACCAAGCCUGCCACGGAUGCCCAUGCCGCCUAUGACUGAACCUCCUCCUGGCAUGCCCAUGCCCCUCCCUCCCCACGGACAGCCCCCGCCUCCAGGCAUCUACCCCAUGCCAGGGCCUCCUCUAAUCCCAGCUACUGGGAUAGACACUCCACCCCACUCCAGAACCAGCACCUCUUCCCCUUUGGCCCUGCCUGGAGUGGGACCACCUCCUCCUCCUCCACCACCACCACCACCUCCUUCCUCUUCUUCCUCCUCUUCUGCCUCUCUCCACCCUCAGUACACUCUCUCUGAAUCGCAUAUGGUUGAACAUGUCUUUGUUCUGCCACAUACAGACAGUUAUGACCCUGAGGCCUAUAACCCAGAGUCCCCGGCACUGACCGGCCCAGGCAGAGCUCAGUACCGCCAUUUCAUCCCUCGCAUCCAGACGCAAAGACCCAACCUCAUCGGCCUUACCUCUGGUGAUGGACAAAACUCACGAGCAGCUAACAUAGUAAUUCAAACAGAGCCAUCUGUCCCGAGUGUGUCAAGCAGCGAGGUGAGGUACAUCUCUGAGCAGGAAAACAGGAAGAGGUGUCUGCCGUCUACAGAUGGCCCACAGGCCAAAAAACCUUGGAUGGACAAUUUUCUCCCCCCUGCUGUACCGAACCCGUACCGUACCGUGACUUCAUUACCGAGGCAAAAUUUCAAUAACCAGCAUAAACCUACCUUCCCGAAAAAGAAUCAUUACGUCAACACCAAACUAGAGGUCCGCAAAAUCCCCCGGGAGCUCAACAACAUCACCAAACUCAAUGAGCACUUCAGCAAGUUUGGAACCAUAGUCAACAUUCAGGUGGUGUUUGGGGGCGACCCAGAGGCGGCAUUAAUCCAAUAUACAGCUAAUGACGAGGCUCGGAGGGCCAUCUCCAGCACAGAAGCUGUUCUGAAUAACCGCUUCAUCAGAGUCUACUGGCAUAGAGAGUCCGCAUCCAACACACAGGAGCAGGGACCCAGUCAGAACACAAACCCUGGCCAACAACAGCCCCCAACACACAAGGUCAUUAAUAAGCAGCACCCUGCAGGAUCUUACGUGCUGAAUAAGAACUUCCCCAAACACCAGACUGCCACAGGACCCACGGGCAUCAUAGGCAGCACUGAACCUACCAGCCCGAGCCAAGAACCAUCAGUGGGUUUGACGCCACCUUCCAGUUUGCCGAAGGGUCCGUUCUCACGCACGGUGUUGAAAACCGCAUCAAAGUCAUUAGGAAAAACGGGCAAAGUGCUGGAAGCUCAGGAGGUUCUGAAAAAGAAGCAGGAGGCGUUGAAACUGCAGCAAGACAUGAGGAAGAAGAAACAAGAAAUGCUUGAAAAACAGAUCGAAUGUCAGAAGGUGCUGAUAAACCGCCUGGAAAAGAACAGAGGGAUGAAGCCAGAGGAGAGGGCGAACAUCAUGAAGACUCUUAAAGAACUGACAGAAAAGAUCUCUCAGCUGAAGAACGAGAUCAGCCCGACUGCACAAGCUACUGCCAACAUGACACAAUCAAAGUCAAAAACAGACGCACAGAAAGAGUUGCUUGAUGCAGAGUUGGACUUCCAUAAGAAGUUGACGUCAGGAGAAGACACAACAGACCUGAAGAGAAGGUUGGGUCAGUUGCAGGUGGAGGCAACACGGCUGGGACUGAUACCGGCGGGGCGUGGCAAACCACCAGCAGCACCAACUCGAGGCAGAGGGAGGGGCCGAGGGCGGAGCCUCAGGGGGCGUGGUGGAGGCAAUCACAUGGUGGUAGACCACCGGCCUCGAGCCAUCACUAUUAUUGGCUUCACACAGGAAGAGAAGGAGGAACUCAUGCCGCAUUUCGUGAAAUUUGGCGAGAUCGAGGAGCUCCGUGACCAUGAUGCUACCAGUGUUGUGAUGACCUUCAAAACCCGCAGUGAAGCAGAAAACGCUGCAAACCAAGGGGCGAAGUUCAAAGGUCGAAUUCUACAGAUCUCAUGGUACAAACCUAAAACUCCAUCUGUGUCCAAUGAACCAGAAGAGGAAGAGUCAAAGGAAGAGGUCAACGCUGCAGGAAUCCAUGUAAUGACGGAGCCAGUCAGCCCCUUUCUGCUUCCAGAGGAAGAGGAAGAAGAUGACGACGAAGAAGAUGAAUAUGAGAGCCGCUCAUGGAGGCGAUGAGGAAGGGGAAAUGACACCACUUUUUGUUCAAGGACUCUCAUUUUUAGUUUUUGUUUGUGAAGGCUAAUUUAAGUAUAUUUGAUUGAAUAAGACAAAGAGUCUUUCUUUUUUUAAAGACGGUUUUCAGUAUUUUGAGACAUGGAGAAACGAAAGGCAAACUGUGUUCUCUGUAUAGGAGAAUAUAUGAAAAUGUGUGACGUCUGUGGAGACUUGCAGUGUUUCUGUCACUCUGAAAUUUCUGCUUUAUGUAUCAAACUCUCACUUCUGCUGAGAUUGAAUGCAAAAUGUUUCAGCUGGGAAACAUUUUGUUUCACUGUGCAUGAGCAGAUAUCAGUAACUCACAACAUUUGUGACUACUGUGAAUUUUUAUUUUUAAGUACCUAAAUUGUUCACCCAUUUUUUUCCCCCCAGUUUAAUAUAUGAUUUAACAUGAAACUUCAUCUGCACUUUGUGCCACUUUGGUAGAAAUUCUCCCGAUGGAUGCACUCUUUUGGCAUCGUUCCCAUUAAAGGCAUCUCUUUCCUUUGUGAAGAAACGAAAUGCCAUCAUGAUGUCAAACAAAACACUUUUGUAACCGUUUAGGCAAUAUAUAUCCCCAGGUGGAUUUUUCCUUCUCAAUAUUAAUGUGCCACUUCCUGUAAAUAUGGACUCUAUAGAAGAUAUAUGUGGCACACUUCAUUUUGGUCAGUGUGUCAGACUGUUCAUAUUUAUUUCUCACAUCUAGGUGAUGUUCCAAAACCAAAAAGAGCUUUGGAUGAGGGUCAGAGAAAAUUAUUAUUGUUAAUUGAGUUAAAAUAUGAACAGAGGUGUUGUGAAUGUAUUCAAAAUUGAUUUACACUUCAUUUACGCCUUAUAUCGUCAGUGUACAGCUGAUGUUUUAUGAGAUUUGUGGCUUUUUCCCCCCUUUUUUGUGUAUAUUUUGUAAAUGGUUGCAGUAGUAAUGACUGUUCACUUCAUUAUUUUAGUCUGUCGAAUGAAUGAAUCGUUAAACGGAUCACAUUCAUAACUCUUAGAGGCUUAUUUAAGUGAGCGUAUGACUUAAAACCAGUCUUAUAUAAUUUCACCAUGCUUUAAAGAAUCUGUUUUAUUGUUUUUUUUGUUUUGUUUUUUGACACUCCACUCAUUUCAAAAGCCUGGUCCUGCAGAAAUGGGUCAAAAACACACCCGUUUCUGUAACCUUAAAUAUUAUCCAAUAGCAUGCUGGCAUAUGUGUGCGUGUGUUCAUUUGGGGAAAAAAAGAAAAUAUAUGUAUGUAUGCAUAUAUAUUUUUUUAAUAUUCAUAUUUACAUACUUUGCUAAAAACAAGAUAUAAGUUUAUAGUUCCUUUUCAUGAAGGACCAGUGUAAAACUUUCCUAUGUAUACUGUUGAUGUGACCGUUAAUAGCACGUUACUUCGCCAUUUGAAUUCAGUGAUAUACCUGUAUGCCCUGCUCUUCCCCAUCGAUUGUACAAAUUCUUCUCAUAAUCUCCACAAUGAUUUCUAAAUAACUUGGUUGCUCAUUUAAGGUCUGGCAGGUCUUAAUGUUGGUUUUGUACAUGAGUCUAGUAGAAGGACUCGGGACUGUGUGUGAAUUUAAAGAAUGGAUUUUGCUCAUUUGUACAACCGUUUUACUACACCACAUUAGUACAAAGUCAUGCAUUUAGCGUAAAUAGAUUUUGACUUUAUUACUGUUUAUAAAUUUAAAUAUCUAUGGAUGUAUUUUUCAGUUUUUUGUUUGUAAAAUGGAUUUCUAACAGUUGCAUGUUUGCUAAUCAAUAAAGAUAAUGGAAUGGGGGUGAGCAAGAAGAAUAUCAAGAAAAAAAAAAAAGAUGCAGUUUCAAUUGGCCAAAAGUAAAAUGAUUUGCAACAAAGAAAAAAAGGAAAAAGAAGUAUCAGCAAAAAAGACAGAGAGAAAAGGAAGAAAAAAAAAUCAUGAUCCAUUCCAAGAAUUAUUCCCCUCUGAAA